AUGAAAGGCACAGGUGAUGUAUGGAACCAUGUGGUUCCACGGGAUUGUAGUUGGUACUGGAAGAAGUUGAACUCUCUAAAAACAAUGAUGAUUAAUUGGUACUCUAGAGGACAGUAUAAACUGGCACCUAAAGGUGAGUAUUCAGUAAGCUGUAGCUAUGCAACUAUGCUGGGUACUAUGACUAAGUUGAAGGAAGCUGAUCUAAUAUGGAGUUCUGUGUUACUACCAAGACAAAGGGUGGUAGUGUGGCUUGUCUACAAAGACAGGCUAUUAACAAAGGAGAGGAUGACUAGAUUACACAUGCAAGUUGAUGAUAGCUGUUGUUGUUUGUGUGAUGCCCAGGUCGAUGAGACACACAACCAUCUGUUUGCUAAUUGUAGAUGGAUUACUGAGGUAAGAGAUGCUCUCUCCAGCUGGUGUGGAGUACAGAUCAGGAAGGCAAAGGCAAUGCAAGUGGUGCAGUGGCUGAAGAGUAGGAAGUGGAAGCAAUUUAAAAAGGAAUUGAUAGCAAGUGUAUGGGGUGCAAUGAUAUACUACAGAUGGCAGGCUAGAAACUGGAAGGUUUUCAGGAGCAUAAAUGUCAAUACUGGUUUUGUAGUUACUCAGAUACAAAUAGAAAUUAGAGGAAGAACAGAAUGGCUUAGGAAUUCAAGGAAGGCUAGAAGAUGA